UCCCAGUUACUUGAGCGGCGUCCUAUCUCGCUCAGCCAUAAGGUCGCUGACAUCCCUCACAGCUCGACUCAACUGAACUUCAAAAUCGCAGACUUUGUAUUAUUAUUAUUAUUUUGUUCCUCGCUUACUAGUGACUCAUAGCGACCAUUUUGUGAGGGCCUGCCUGCUUGCUUGUCUGACGCUGCUCGAGCCGCCAUGUUUCUGGCCUUGGUGGUGACACCAGAGCUGAGGGAGUUUCUGGCCCGGGCGAGAGGGGGAGCGCUGCGCCUCAUUAAGGUGCGGAUACAAGACGAGCAGCUGGUGCUGGGGGCCUACAGGGAACCAGAGCAGAGCUGGGACCAGGACUACGACCACUUCCUGCUUCCCCUGCUGGACCGCCAGGAGCCCUGCUACGUCCUGUACCGCCUGGACUCCCACAAUGCACUGGGCUUCGAGUGGCUCUUCCUCUCCUGGUCACCUGAUCAGUCUUCCGUCAAAGACAAAAUGUUGUACGCGGCCACUCGCGGCGCCGUCAAGAAGGAGUUUGGCGGCGGCCACGUGAAGUACGAGAUGUUCGGCACGCUGGAGGAAGACGUCUGCCUGUCGGGCUACCAACGUCACGUGUCGUCGUGCUCGGGUCCCGCCCCGCUCACGCUCGCUGAGCGGGAGCUGCAGAGGAUCAAGAUCACCGAGGGCAGAGUCAAACGGGGAAGGCCUCUCUCAUCGGAGCCAAAUGCCUUCCUCGAAUCCGAAGCCGCUCUGUUCUUUGGUUACGACGGAGAACAGCGUGGACAGCAAACAGCAAACCCUCCAAGGCCUGGCUUUCCCGCUGCAGGAGACGGCCCGACGGGCCCUCCGGCAACUUGCGCAGAAGCAGAUCAACUACGUACAGCUGAGAUUGGACAUGGAGCAGGAGACCAUCGAGCUGGUUCAUUCCCACCAGACGGAGACCCGGGAUUUACCGUGCCGCGUUCCCAAAGACACGCCGAGAUAUCACUUCUUCCUCUACAAACACCGCCACGAAGGCGACUACCUCGAAUCCGUCGUGUUCAUCUACUCCAUGCCUGGAUACAGCUGCAGCGUCAAAGAGCGAAUGCUUUACUCCAGCUGCAAGAGUCGACUCCUGGAGGAGGUGGAGAGAGAUUACCAUCUGCAGGUCACCAAAAAGCUGGAAAUCGACGACGGGGACGAGCUGACAGAGGAGUUUCUGUACGACGAGGUCCACCCGAAACAGCACGCGUUCAGGCAGGCCUUCGCCAAGCCGCGCGGACCCGCGGGGAAGAGGGGUCACAAGCGGCUCAUCAAGGGGCCCGGCCCGCAGGACGGCUAGAGGCGGACGGAACCGCUCGGCCGAGGCGUUUCCCGAGGCCCCGCACCUUGUAAAAAAAAUGAAAAAAAUGAUAGAAAAAAAAAAAAAAACAACGCUCGUCCGGCCCAUAAAGACUUUUUGUGACUGCAGGAGACAUUUGUGGUGUAUAAGGCUUCUUGCAUUGUAUACAGUUCAAAAUAAUAUCAGUGUGCUUAAAAAUCUUUAUAUAUAUAUAUA